UCCGCCCCGUGCGGGGGAAACCCCGCAGCGGAUAUAGCCCUCCCUCCUUCCGGCCGGCCUCCUUUUCGUCCGCAGCUGCCUCCACGCGAACAUGCCGCUCGCGAAGGACCUCCUGCACCCCUCCCCCGAGGAAGAGAAGCGGAAGCACAAGAAGAAGCGCCUGGUGCAGAGCCCCAACUCCUACUUCAUGGACGUCAAGUGCCCGGGUUGCUACAAAAUCACCACGGUUUUCAGUCACGCCCAGACGGUUGUGUUGUGCGUCGGCUGCUCGACCGUGUUGUGCCAGCCCACUGGUGGAAAGGCAAGGUUGACAGAAGGAUGCUCUUUCCGGCGAAAGCAACAUUAAACAGUGGACAUUUUGGCACGGGAUGGGUGGGGAACAUGGGAACAGUUGACGGCUGCGACCCUCAGUUUCUCUGGGGCAACGAUGUCAGAGUAUAUUAUGCAAUGGAGUUGGGGGAAAUGUGUAGAGUUAUUUUUGAGGGCUUGAGUUGCUACCAGCGGCGGCUAUGGGAUAAGGGUGGAGGAAAAAAAAACCACUCUUCCCCUUGUGGCUCUGGCGCUGUCCUUGUAGCCUUACCCAUUUCAUUCAAUAAAGUUUGGAUAUAAAGACAA